AAUGAAUGUGUUUAUCAUUGCUGCACUGGCCUAUGUUCACGUGUGCUUUAUGAUUACGAUGAAAAUUGUGCCCUACAAGUCCAAGCUGAAGGUUACAUUUUUACAAAUCCAUAACAAAACAUAACAAAAGGUAAUAUAAUUACUGCUUGGUGUGCAUCCUGAAGAAGGAUCAUGGUAAACUCUACACAGGUUUCUUAUUUCACACUUGCUGCCUACUUUGACACUGGAGCUUUUAAGUACUUUUGUUUUAUGACUGUCAUGUGUUUAUAUACUUUUAUUGUCAGUGUAAAUGUUUUGCUCAUCGUGAUUAUCUGCAUGAACAGAAGCUUACAUGAACCUAUGUACAUUUUCCUGUGCAGCCUGUUUGUAAAUGAACUGUAUGGUAGUACAGGGUUGUUUCCAUUCCUGCUGGUUCAGAUCCUCUCUGACGUUCACACUGUUUCUGCUUCAGUUUGUUUCCUGCAGAUUUAUUGUGUACACUCAUACGGAGCUGUAGAAUAUUUAAACUUAGCCAUCAUGUCUUAUGACAGAUAUCUCGCUAUCUGUUAUCCUCUGCAAUACAACACACGUAUGACAUAUAAGAAGAUUGCUAUACUGAUUGCUCUAACGUGGUUAUACCCUUUGCUUGCUUGUAUUACAUAUACAAUAUAUUUGAAAUCCCAUUCGCAGAUGUGUGGGAACACCAUUCACAAAGUUUACUGUGAUAGUCACUCUGUUGUCAAGCUGGCAUGUUCAGAUUCCCUUGUGGUUAACGUAUAUGGGCUCAUUUUGUCUUUUGGCAUAAUCUUUGGUGCUUUAAUUUUUAUCAUUUUCACGUACAUGAAAAUUCUUAUAGUUUGUUUUUCUGGUUCCAAACAGACGAGACAAAAAGCUGUCAGUACCUGCACACCUCACCUGGCUUCUCUGAUCAACUUCUCUGUCGGGGCUAGUUUUGAAUUAAUACAGAGCAGGUUUAACAUGAACAAUGUGCCCAAUAUGAUGAGAAUAUUUUUAUCUUUAUACUUUCUUACGUGCCAGCCGCUCUUCAAUCCUGUAAUGUAUGGCCUGAAACUGUCCAAAAUCCGUGUCAUGAGUAAAAAUCUGAUGUUAAAUGUGGGCUCCUAAUACAAAGUUA